AUGUUGGCUAAUAAGUUCGUGGUAAUAAUGGGUGCUACGGGCAUGGGUAAGACGAAGCUAUCAAUUGAUGUGGCCUGCAAGGUAAUUGGUGGUGAGGUGAUCAAUGCCGACAAGAUGCAAAUUUAUGCCGAACUUGAUAUUACCACCAAUAAGGUGAGUAUGCAUGAUCGAUGUGGUAUUCCUCAUCACCUUAUUAUUGGAGUCGUUCCUGCCACUACUCAUGACUUCAUUGUAAGGCGUAAUCUCAUGCCAGUCGUUGUAGGUGGACCCAACUCACUCAUACAUAGACUCCUUGUUGAUUACUUUGAUUCCUCACUUGCUAAUCCUUUGUUCUUGCCAAUUAUUGGCCAUCCUUGUGAUUUCAAUGCUAGCUGCUUCCUUUGGAUCCAUGCUAAUGAAUUGGUUCUCAAUGAAUAUCUCAAUCACCGUGUUGACGACAUGGUGGAUGUUGAUUUGGUCAAGGAGCUGAAGGAUUAUUUUGAUGCAUCUAGCAAUUAUGGGUGCGAUUGCUGCUCUAGUCACUACCAUGAGAUAGCACAAGAGAAUGUUCACUUUGACUUGGUUGAGGCUGCUGAAGCUGCUGCCCAAGCUGCUAUCCAGCCUGCUACUGGCCAGGCUGCUGCCGCUGCUGUUGGCCAGGCUGCUGGCGCUGUUGGUGGCCAGGUUGGUGGUGCUGCUGGGCAGCAGCCAAGGCUUGCAAUGAGAUGGACCAAUGUGAUGUCUGCAUUUGUGCUUCGCCGCUUCUGCCAGCUGAUCUCCACUGGUGUGAAAACUGACAAAGGGUUUAAGGAAGUGCACUUGAACCAAGUUGCCAAGGCUGUGCAUGAGUUCUCAGGCAAUGAGGACAACUUCAUGAUCACUUUGAAGGAUGACCACUACAAGGGGCAUAUCAAGGCACACCCAAAGGAUGCUAAUCUGUUGAACAAGCCAAUAGAGAACUACCAGCAGAUGUAG